AUGGCCACCUUGCCCAAGCGAUUGAAGCGCAUUGAGAACCAUCCGUCUGCAAUCGAUUCGCAGAUCCCACGCCACGUUCAGAAACUCGAGGACGCCAAGACUCAGCUCGAGCAGGAUGCCGACUCACAAGAGGCCUGGGACCUUGUUGCCAACGCGUUCCAGUUCUUUGCCGAUGCUGCCAAAGAAGAGAAUGCACGAACCCCUAUUGGAGAUUCAAAAGCCGUGGCAUUGAUUGUCAGUCUCGAAGCCCUGAACAAGCAGCGCCUGGCCCACGUCGAUAUCCAGGCCAUGCGCGCCUUCGCCAACAUCUGCGUCGAUCAUGAGGCAAACAGAAAGAAGAUCCUAGAGGAGAACGCAUUUACGACCAUUAUCGAGAUUCUCAGACACACGACCCACGCAGAUGCGAUCAAGACAGCUUGCGGAGCACUCUUGAACACGACAAUGGCAUGUGAGCCAGCACAGAACAAGGCGAUCGAAUUGGACGCAAUCGAACAAUUGCUCAAGGUCCUGCAAUCGGAGAAUAUCGACGACAACGAAAUCAGCAUGACAAUUGCUUCCCGUGUUAUCGCCAACCUCAGCGAACUUGAUGCUGGAGCUCAAUCUGUGGUCAAGUUCAACGGCAUCAAGACCAUUGUUCAGCUCUUGCAAAAGACAGCCGAGGAUGUGGAGGCGUACAUGGAUCUUAUGGAUGCCUUAACCGAUAUCUUGCGUGCUGUGACGUCCAAGGAAUCUGCACAAACUGUCAUUCAAAAGGAGGGACUCUUGCCACCAUUGCUCGAUAUCCUCGAGCACGCUGGCACUUCUGAUGAGGGCAAGAGUGAAGAAGAAAAGAAGGAGGAUGACAAGAAGUUUGGAGAGACCAAGGCCGCUUUAGUGGAAGUAGUCGUUUCAGUGACACUUGCAGAUGCCAACAUGGUACCCAUCUUCAAUGACAAGGGGGUUAUGGACAAGUUUCUUGCAUGGCUCAACCUCGCCGACCGAGAAGAUCUGCAGGCCUGCGCAGCUCUCUGUCUAGGCAAUGUAGCACGAUCAGACCAACACUGCGUCAAAUUGGUCCAUGAAUAUCACGCUGUUGAGCCAUUGAUCCACGUCGUCAGGAAGGCAACGGACUUGAAGGCCAGCCAUGCCGCAACAGGGGUGCUUCGAAAUCUUGCGCUUCCAGAAAUUAACAGGGAAAUCAUGGGCGAUGCAGGUGUCAUCCAGGCCUGUUUCCCUCUUCUCAAAAAGGACAAUGCGCUCCCUCUCCAAGCCAAUGUUGUUGGGAUCUUAAAACGGCUCUGCACCGGCAAUAGCCACAAUACCAUCCGGGUCAUCUCUGGGCGCGAACCCUUCGAGACUCUCUCGUCAACGCCUCACACGGAGAGUGAGAAUGAGACACCACUUUCGACACUGGUGGAUGUCAUUGGGAGAACCGAUGACUUCCCACUGAAGAGUGAAGGAACUAGGACACUGUGCAAUCUCAUCAAGGUCAUCUGGGGAAGCGAGAGUAUGAAGGAGUUCGAUACGGUAUCUGUCACAGCCUUGCAGCAGACCCUAAACAAGCCUGAGGUGGUUCUUCAGAUUGCUGCCAUGACCAGGAACCCCAAGUAUAUCGUCUUGCAAAAUGAGGGAGUCAUUGCACUAACCCUUCUCGUGACAAGUCCCGCUCGAGAGAAAAACGCUGUUCUUGACGCCCUUGUUUCCAUUGCCGUAGAUGAACACCCCGAUCCAGAGAACACUAUAUCUGAAGAGCCUCUGGACCAGGCCAAACAACUGACUCUGCUGGAGAGUCUACUCAGUCUAAUCAAGAACAAGGACGGCAAGUGUCCCGACGAAGUUCGUAUGAACGUCUGCGUGCUCUUAAGGAACGCAUUAGAUUCUGGAGCGCGUGAGGGCGAGGAUUCCGCCUACUUGGCCUUCUUGAGGGAGUCUGGAAUCAAGGACACGCUCACAGAGGUCAAGAGCAAAGCUGACAUCUCUCCUUUGAUCCGCACAUCGGUCCAAGAAGUGCUGUCGCGACUUGAAUAG